AACUUCCCUUGGCAAGGGAAGGGCAUUUCUCCGUUACUCCUUAGUGCACCAAAGACUUGCAGAUACUUUGCAACAGUGUUUUAUGAAUACCAAAGUUACAAGUGACUGGUACUAUGCAAGAAGUCCUUUUCUCAAUCCCAAAAUGAGUUCUGAUAUCGUUGGUCACCUCUAUGAAUUAACUGAAGUUCAAUUUGAUUUGGCAUCUAGAGGCUAUGACUUAGAUUCAGCAUGGCCCACUUUUGCCAGGAGAACAUUAUCUUCACUUGGCCCCUCAGCUUACCUGUGGAAACCUCCAAGCCGCAGUUCGAGUAUGAGCAGCUUGGUGAGCAACUAUCUGCAGGCACAAGAGAUUCCUUCCAGUCCCAAUGGGAAUAACUUUUUAAAUAAUGAAUCCCUUGAGGGCCUAGAUGAGUUGCACACAGAGCUUGACCAGGCAGAACUGCGGCAAAAGGAACUUCAGGAUCGGAUUCAGCAUCUGGAAAAGGAGAACCAGGAGCUCCAGGCAGCCAUCAGUUUUGAGCAACAGCAAGCACAUACAGAAAGGGAGAAGAGUGACCGUAUAAAUGAGGAGAACUCCAGGCUAACAAAGAUGCUUGAAGAGCUAGAGAAACAACGUGAGAUCUCUUAUUGCACUCAGGGUACUGUGCAGGACCUGCAGAAAUGUCUGCAGGCAUUAGAACUGAAUGCUGCUGAGAAGCAGAAAGAAUAUUUUGCAAGGCUGGAAGAGAUGGAGGCUAGCAAAAGGGACUCUGACUCAAAGGUACUUCUCCUGAAUCAAGAGCUGGAAAACACCAGGACUUCAAUGACCAUGAAGGACAUCUGCAUCAGUGAGCUUAUGGCCAAUCUGAAGUCAGCAGAACAGAAGAAUGAGGAGCUCAUAGACAAAGCCAAUGCCCUCCUGAAUGAAAAGGGGCAACAAACUAUAAGUCAAUAUGAGUCUGCACUGAAGGUUGAAGAGUUGCUAAAGAAGCUUCAAAUGGCAGAACAGGAAAAGGCUGAUGCCUGGAAGCUAAAUGACAAACACCUUUCUCAACUUAAAGCUAUGGAAGAGGAACUCCAUUUGAAAGAGGAUGCUCAGAAAGAGUUUGAACUGAAGUUGGAAAACCUCACCACCAGCUCCAGUGAAGAAUCUGAAAAACUGAGUACUAAACUGGAAACCAUGGCAACUGAAAGAGCUGUACUUGAGAAAGAGCUAGCAGCAAAAGACAAAGAAGCAGCUGGUCUUCAAAUCCAGUUGAAAGAUUCAUUGGAAUGUAUAAAAUCAUUGGGUAAAAAACUUGAGGAGGAAAGGGAAGAGAAAGCAGAACAUGAGGAAUCAUUCAGCCAUACAAAAACAAGAAUGGAACAAGAAGUAAAAAACACAAUGGAACACCUUGUAUUGCUGGAAAUUCAGCUAUCAGAACUAAGUCAGAGAGUUAAGAGCUUAGAGGAACAAAACGGAGAACUUGUUUCAGAAAGAGACUCUCUCAGAAAAACAGUAGAAAGAAUGGAACAAGAAGCAACCGAGCAGAGGUCCUCAUUGAGAAACAUCUCCAAAGGAAAUGAGAAACUCAAAUCCCAGAAUGUAAAUCUGCAACAAACCAAUCAGAAGUUAGAAGAGAAGUGGAGAGAACUGGAAGCAUCUAAAUCCUCUUUAGAAUCUGAAGUUGCCAGGCUGAGAGCCUCUGAGAAACAGCUCCAAAGUCAGAUAGACGAUGCUGUAGUGUCUGUGGAUGAAAAGGAGAAAAGGCUUCGGGAAGAAAACAAGCUGCUGGAUGAAAACCUGCAGAAUGCCACAAGGCAAAACCAAGCUCUGGAAGAAAAGAUGAAUACUUUCCAGACUGACUACCAAGAACUGAAACAGAGUGAAGAAACUACCAAGGAGUCCUUAAAUGUACUUGAAGCUAAGCUCCAGAAUACCAAAGAGCAUUGUCUGCAAAUGGAGAAGAGUUUGUCUUCUUCAAGGAAGAAUGAAGAAACUUUGCAGUUACUCCUCAGAGAGAAAGAUAAAGCAUUGCAGUGGCUGGAAAGCCAAUGCAGGCAGCUUCAAGGACAAGCUGAGAGGUACAGGAAAAAAGUGGAAACCCUUGAAACAGAAAAAGCAGAUAUUGAAAAAACUUGUCUUCAUCAAACAAAGGUGAUUGAAUCCAUUACUUCUGAAAGGACAUCUGUGGAGAAAGCCCAGCUGGAACAAGCAACCUCUCAAGAGAGAAGAUCAAAAGAUCUGGCUUCCAGAUUGGCUCUGUCUGAGGAACAGCUGCAUAUCAACCAGGCAGAGGUAGCUAGGCUUCAGGAGGAAAUUAUAGACCUUCAGGCUAAGUUUAGGCAAACAAUUGCAGAGAAGGAGAAACUGCAAGGCAAAUUGGUUGUCCGUGGGACAAUCCUAAGUGAGCAAAAGUCACUGGCCCAGCAGCUGAAGGAACAGAAUGAAACGCUCAACAGAAACCAUGUGCAGGAACUGCUUCAGUGUCAGGAGCAGGAGGAAGGGCUGAAAAAAGAGAGGGACCAGGAAGCCCAUCAGAAGGCUGAACUGGAGAAGAGCUUGCUAUGCCUCACAGAUGAAUUGUCCAAGGCCAAGCUGUGUUUAGAAACUGUUAACCUGGAAAAUAUGGAAAUCAAAGACCUUCUCCACAGGACCAACACUGAAAUGGCUGAGCUUGGCAUUCAGAUUUGCACUCUGACAUCUGAAAAAGCAGAAGCAGAAGAGAAGCUGUCUCAGCUCAUAAAAGAAUUCAGCGCUACCAGAGAAAGAGCAGCCAAAGAACAAGAGGAACUGCAGUAUGAGCUCUCAAGGCUCACUCAGGAAAAACAGGCCCUGCAAGAGAAACUGGAGGAUUCUGAGCUUUGUGCUGCCACUGUACCUGACCUGCAAACUCAGCUAGAGAUCGCAGAGCGACAGGCCCAGAGUUUUCAAGAGACCAGCAGAGAGGAGGUAUCUGCAGUCAAAUUUCAGCUGAGCACAGAAAUUAUAAACUAUCAAACAAAAUUUAAGGUAAUAUUCACAAUAACGGUGAAAAAAGGCCUGUGUGCAGAACUGGAUCUUGCCAUGGAUCAGAUAUCUGAGUACAAAAUAGCCCAGCAAAAGAAAGAUGAGGAAGUAGCACAACUUAAAGAAGAUCUGAAAAGGGCCCAGCAGGAAAUCAACAAAGCACAUGAGCUAGUGCAAGACUCUAGUGAUAAACUGAACAAGAUGAGAUCAGACCGUGAUGGCAAUGAGAAGAAGUUACUAGCCGAAGUAGAUGACCUCACAAGAACAAAGCAGUUCCUGGAAGAACGGUUGAUUGAACUUCUUAGGGACAAAGAUGCCCUGUGGCAGAAGUCAGAUGCUCUGGAGUUCCAGCAGAAACUCACUGCAGAACAAAGAUGGCUUGGUGAUGCAGAAGUAAGCAGCUGCCUAGAUUGUCAAAAGGAAUUUGGUUGGAUGAGUCGUCGGCAUCAUUGCAGACUGUGUGGACGCAUCUUCUGUUACUACUGCUGCAACAACUAUGCUAUGUCAAAACAGACAGGCAGGAAAGAACGCUGCUGCCGAGCCUGCUUUAAAAAAGCGAGUGACUCUGGAUCAAACGUUACCCAAGAAGAACCACCAUCAAGUCUACUGGCUUCACCAUUGUCCUUGGUGCAGAGAGUUAUGGUUUCAAGUGAAGCCUCUAAACCUACAGACGAUGCAGUGUUUGAUAUAAUCACAGAUGAGGAAGUGGUCCAAAUACAGGAAGGUGAUUCUGUUCACAACACAAGCCAAACUGAGGAAGACUCUCUGGACUGUAGCAUGGCUGAUCUAAACAGCACAUAUAAUUCCUCAACAUUUGAUGAGAUUGAUGACUUGCAGAUGACCCAAGAUGCAGAAAUAUGCUUGCUGAAGUCAGGAGAACUGAUGCUAAAACUACCGCUCACUGUGGAGGAGAUUUUUAAGUUUGGAGAAGCUAACAGAGAACUGUUCAUUAAAUCAAAUACUUACAGCAUUAUUCCUAUCACUGCGAUAGAAACUGGUCUUACAAUAAGCUGGGUAUUUUCAUCAGAUCCAAAGAGCAUUGCAUUCAGUGUGGUGUACCAAGAAUCAGAAGAAACACCAUUGGAUCAAUGUAAAGUUCUCAUUCCUAUGACUCGCUGCAACUCUCAUAAGGAAACUAUACGCGGGAAGGUGAAAGUGAGACAUGCUGGGAUAUACAUCCUGAUAUUUGACAACACUUUCUCAAGGUUUAUCUCAAAGAAAGUAUUUUUUUCACUUAGCUGUUCAACGCCCAAUAAUCUACGAUGGAAGUGAUUUUCCAUAGCCUUGAAUAUAUGUAAUAUUUAUAUACUGUAUUUUUUAAAAUUAUAUUUUUAAAAAACACUAUUUAUGUACAGUAAAAAGUUCCUGGCUUCUGAAAUCAAGAUGCCAAUCCAUUAUAAAACAUAAGGGUAACCUUAUAACAAUACAUAUUUUUUUCCUUUUUCUUUCUUUUGAGGGAGGAUAAAUGAGUUUAAUAAGAUAUUAAAAUUGAUAUUAUUUCAUGGAAUGUAAAAAGGAUUAAUUUGGCUCCAAAAUGUAGAAGAUAUUUCAUUAUUUGGAAAAAAUUUAAUAUGAUAUAAUUUGUCUACAAGAAAUUAAAAUCAAAAAAGAGGAAGAAAAAUAUUCAAAAAAUAGGAAAUUUGGGAAAGAAUUUGUAUCAACUAAUCCAAAAGGGAAAAAAGGUACAGUCGGCCCUUUUUAUACAUGGAUUUUUUAUACACGGAUUCAAGCAUCCAUGGUUUGAAAAUGUUAAAAAAAAGUAUAAAUUUCAAAUAUCAAACCUUGAUUUUC